AUGGCUGCACCUCCUCCACCCGCAUCCAGAAAUGACAGUCCCAGCAAGCCUGCCCGGGACGAGUUGAAGCAAUACUAUUUGUGUUCCGCGUGGAAGUUUACGGACCGCGCAGUUGACCAUCUGAUUGCCAAACUGAGAGACCAGAAAAUUCAAGAUGCCGACUUCAGUUGGGAGCCCAAGUACCGAUGGAUCAAGACGAUUUCUCCAGCCAGCAAGGAAGCCGAGAUACGAAAGUUUUGGCAAGAGCUUGUGACAGAGGUCGAACAAGACGCCUAUGAACGUGCCGAGGACGAUAUCAUCGAAUACAACUUCACGCUCAAGCACGGUUUCAAGGACGAAAUGAUCGAGUACCCAGAUGGGCUCUCCGACUCUAGCGAUGGUGAUGCCAACACUCCCAGCAGCAAUGGCUCCGACGAAAACGCAACGCGCAAUACCUUCCCUCCACAGUUCAGCAACCGAUUCCCUAGCCUUGGAACCUGGACCAAGCUCGAGGGAGAGGACCCGUCUCUCACAAUUCAACGCGUCUUAAACGAAGAUGACCGACUCCAGCUUCAGCAAGAUACCGGCGUUGAGAUUUCGUACGAUCUCGGAAAGGUUGUAUACCUUGGUGCAGAAAGCCAAGACGCAAUCAAGAAGGCCAAAGAGAAAUUAGAUGUCCUGCUGGAGUCUAUAACCGCUCCCGGACCUAAUCUCCAAUUUGUCCUCUACGCCGAAGGCUACAAGGACCCGGUGCUCAACGACUUCAAGUCCGACAUCCGAUAUCUGGCCAAUAUCGACCCCAAACUUCCGUCUACGACUCUUCUGGAUCCGAUCCUAUUUCCAGAUUUAGCACAAGAGUAUGCUCGCAUGUACCACGUUGGAAGUUCUAUUCGACUUUGUCCAUACAACUCCGUGUUACGCGCACACUCGUCUCUAUUCGGCCCUGAGAUUUUGACCAGGAAGCGGAAGAAGGAUGAUCUGUUGGCGCCGCGUCCUGUUCUCACUACCAAGUCAGAAAGGGUCUUGACUGACACAUCUACUGCCUCCGUUGACGGGCUAGCUGACCCCAUUCUCAACGGAAAUGCGAUUAAUCAAAAGCUGAACGUCAAUAAUUGGUUGAAUGCUAUUCCCGAAGGUUUAAGUUCAGUACCGACACAGGAUGCCCUUGCAUUGAGGCCUGCCACGCCUGGCUCAGCGGUUCUGGUGCCAACAAUCUCUUGGGAUAUGCCCGCCCUUGUCCCGACACAAAGCACGAAAUCAUCAGACAAAGUUGAAUCAUCCAAAAAAGACACAAAUAAAAGCACCGUCAAGGAUGAACCUUUGAGCUUUGACCAAGAGAAGAAGCAGAAGAGUAUUCAACAAGUCCUUGAAGCUGUGCCCAGAUUUCUCGGAAACGGCCCGUAUCUGAGGGGAGAAGUAAUCGUUACGGCAGACUUUGGGCGAGUAAUCGUUCCCGAGCUCGCAGCAAAUGCUAUGGCUUUCAACGGCAAGAAUACCGAGAGCAAUGGAUGGAAGAGGAGGGAUCUAAUGUUGACACUGCAUAGGAUCAGGCCUGGAACCACAGGCAAGGAGUCUCUGGUUGCCGGCAAUGUUUGCUUCACGAAGAUUCUGAGCACACACGGCUCAGAUUUGGAGACGUUGAUCAAUAUCAAGGACGAGAAAACAUCCCAGCGUCUGUGGCAAAAAGCCCCCUCGAAGUGCUGGACGGUGUAUUCUUUUCACUGUCAGUUGACUGGCAAAACCCCUGACCAGUUUCUUGUGGAGAUCACGGACUGUGCCAACGGCACCUUCUCAUACACGAUUCGAGGACUGACCGAGCCUGGAUGUUCCCAGAAGUUGAUUUAUGAUUUGCGUAUCACGCGGACCGUUCAUUCGCCUCUGCUGGAAAUUCGAUAUGGGAAGUUUGCCAAAGCGUUGCUGGAGUCACUGAAAAUACCGGAACCCAAGUCAGACGACAAAGACAACAUCAACUUGAGCUUUAAUAUUGACUCUCAGUUCAAGACAACAAUCACAUCUGUCCGGGUACUUUCCAAGUGGCGCCAUCUGAGCCAGGAUAAACGAAGUGCUCUUGAUAUCACCGAGGUUGAACAGCUAGAGAUCAAAUACAAUCCCGCCCGUCCCGGAAUGCCAAAUUCCGCAGGAGAAGCGCACUCGUGGGAGCCUCGGACUCAUGGGAGAGAAGCCAAGGGGGAAAAACAACGUUGGUACGAAGCAUCUGUCUCGUCUCUCAAUCUUGAAGAGCUCCUAGCGAAGAACAAGUCACUGAAGACAGGGGAGAGGGCGGAAUGGUCUCAUCCUGAACUAAAGAAAGAUGGUAUCUUGGAAAGUCUCUGUUGUCCUGCCCUCCAGAUGCUGAAACAUAUGGAUCAAGUUGGGGGAACGGAAAAGAACAAGCAAGAAGGGAAGCCUGGAACGGCUGUGAAGAGGGCCAACGAGCGCCCAUGGAUUGUGCCAGGCUAUGCAGCUGCCGAUAAACCUGAAGCUUUCGGGCAAGGAAAGGGGGUGAGGAAAGGCAAAGGAGGUGGAGGAUGGUAA